AUGCAGACCCCACCUCGCACUGUAAGAUGUAUUAAUUCAUGGGGGGAUCCCGUUCAGACCGGUACGGGGCUGACAGCUGUGGCUUCCGAUGUAAUGAACACGGUGACGAACGGUGAUGCCCUACGGACAAUUGACCAAUUAAAGUUUCGAGAUCCCGACCACUUUAGAGCGGGCAAACUACACAAUCAUGUUAAUGAAUGUGAAACACUCUUGGACGAUACUCCGACUCCACAGCAAAAUCGGGUCCUUACAUGGAUACGGGGAAAAGUAUCCAUAUUCGAGUAUUUCCGCCCAUUCAAAGGUCAAACCUAUGACUCUGCCCGUCCACCUCCAGCUCAAUUUAAAAACAAUCCUUUGUGUCAACAAUUCGCCGACUUUGUCUCAAACACAUUACUUCAGCACGUCCAGACGGGUGCAGUGUCGCUUCUUGGCAGAAUAGAAGAUGUUGCCCCUCCUUACCUUGUGCUGCCCUUAACAAUAGAACCCACAAAACCCAGAUUAUGCCAUGAUGUGCGCUUUCUAAAUCUCUGGAUGACGGAUAUUCCGUUUAAAUUAGAUAGUGUCACCCACUUACCACAAUAUGUCCCGAAGGACACUUAUCAAACGGUGUUAGACGACAAAUCGGGAUAUGAUCAUCUCUUACUAACUGAGGCCAGUGAAACAUAUUUUGGUAUUCAAUGGGGUGGCUGGUAUUUUGUAUACAACACACUCCCGUUUCGAUGGAAAAUUUCUCCAUUCGUGUACCACUCUACGGGCCUUCUUGCCUCUGAUUUUUUCCACUCCCGAGGUGUCCCAUGCGCCUUGUAUAUUGAUGACCGCCAUAAUGGCCAGCUCCAGAUUGACCUUAAUACGGGUGCCUACUCUUAACUCCAAACACGGGAACUGUGAUACUUUACAGCAGCGCAAUCGGCGAUCUUUAUUGUGGCAUACUAUUUAGUAUGGUUAGGCUACUUCCUUGGAUUAUCCAAGUCUAUAUCAAACCCGUCUCAGAUCGUCCCAUACUUGGGUUUCCUUUUGGACUCGGUAGAAAAGGCAUUCCACCUCAUACCUUGGAAGCAAGAAAAAUUCCUGGAGCUCUUGUGUAGCGUCCUGACACAUUCUACGGUUUCUGUCAAGACACUUCAGAGACUGGCCGGAAAAUGCAUAUCAUUCUCGCUAGCAGUGGCAGGCGCUCAGCUCUUUACACGUGAAAUGAAUCUUGCCAUUUCCAAGGGCCUACAUACUCAUCGCACUGUUAGAAUUGAUACCAGACUUCGUGAAGAACUUGAGCACUGGUUAUUCCUUGAAACCUGGAACCAGCCCCUCCCUUGGCGAGAGGAAUGCCAUGUUCGCAUAUCAAUCGCAACAGAUGCCUCUGGCUCUGGUUGGGGUGUAUCAGUGGGUAUAGAAGAGAAUAACACCACAUCUGAUUAUUGGACAGAAGACGAACGGAAAUACGAUAUUGCGGCAAAAGAGGCAUUGGCCUUAAACAAGACACUAGAAGCCUUUUCUGAUUUUUUGCAAAACAAAUGGGUGGACGCACAAGUUGACAACAAGGCAGUCAUAACAGCUUGCCAGCAAAGAGUGCAAUGCUCAACAAAUUCAUGAAACAAUUGUUCUUUACGACAGUUAAGCUGAACAUAUCCCUCCAUUUAACCUUUGUCCCGUCACAACAAAACCCAGCUGAUGCUCUUUCGCGACGCUUAUCGCCUGAAUUGGAUAGUCACCUGCAUCCAAAUAUAUGGAAUACUGUUCAGGAAGAAUUUGGUGGUCCUCAUGGUCAUACCUGUGACCUGAUGGCUCUCGACUCUAAUACAAUGAGAGACUUGAAUGGUUCUCUGUUACCUCACUUUACACCCACCCCCACUCCGGCUUCAUCGGGUGUAAACAUCUUUGCGCAGAACUUACGCAAAUCUGUGCGAUACUUGGACUGGCCUUACAUCUUUCCUCCACCUAUUCUAAUUGGCCCUCUCCUUCGGUUUCUUCGCGCCGAGGAAUGCAAUUGUACACUGGUGGCAUUGAUUACCUACCCGAGACAAUAUUGGUGGCCUAUUCUUCAGCGACACACUGCCAAGUCUCUAUGUUUGGCACAGGCGGGUGAAAGCAAUGCCUUGUUGAUACCUUCACACAAUGGUUUUGUACCCCAACAUGCGACCCCUGGUGAGUUAUGGGCAUUCUCGCUUGAAUUCAACGAGGAAGACCAAUGA